UAUAUGAUAAUGGCUAUGUAUCCACUCUCUCAUAUUAUUCUUAUUUUGCUUCUUUCAACAAUAUCACUCUCCUUUCAUAACAAGAACAAUGCCCAACACAUAACAUCUCUCCAUUUCACAGGUUACCUACAUGAAAAAUUCAACAAAACCAUCUAUUUCACAUUCAAAGGCCAAAAACGCAGCGCUAAAUCUGCAUCAAACCCAUUUGGCUCUCUAUUAGCCUACAAUGAACCCCUUACCGAGACUCCGAACCCGUCUUCGAAACUGUUGGGAAACAUGGAGGGUUCAGGUGUGACCUCGAGUUUUAAUGGAGAUAGAAUGACUUUCAUUUGUAGGAGCAAAUUGAAGAUAAAAGGAUACGAAGGUGAGAUAUUGAAUGUAGGGAGUGCAUCCUUUACUAAGUUAUCAGAACUUCCAAUUGUUGGUGGUACUGGUGACUUUAGGUUUGCUCAAGGUUACAUCAUUCAAUCUGAUAUGUUCAAAGGUAUUGGUGGUGCUUCAUAUUAUAAGGUUGAUUUUCAUGUGUAUUGGCCUCCUUUUUCUGUUCUAGCCCAUUAGUGUAUCAUGCAUGGUGAUAUGUCAUUGUUGGGCUCACCAGCGGAUAAUGAUUCGAAUUAGUAUAAUAUUGUUUGCUUUGUGCCAAGCCUGUAUACAUCUGUUUUUGCAUAUGGGUUUAUAUCCAAAUCGGUUUGAACCCGACCCACCAAUGCCAUCCAUAUGUGGUGAGGAUUUGCAUUUGGGGUUUUUUUCCUUUGAACUUUUUCAGUAAUAUCUUUUAAUAAUUAGAUGAACUCUCAUAAGGAACGUGGCUUUAUAGUGAUAUACAC